AUGGUGAUUAAAUGGAAGGUGGUGAUUGAAAACGCUGCAGUAGCUCCGGGACACGGGGCCGAGGACAGAUGGGGUUCCUUUCUGCAGGCGACAGAACAAGAGCCCGGUCCAGAAGCAGAGGGAGAAUGUUCCAGAGAGAAGCCGGAGACGCCGACCCGAGCUGCCAAAACAUGUCCGUUUCUGAGGUUGUGUGUUGUUCCCACUGGUUGUGUGUUGUUCCCACUGGUUGUGUGUUGUUUUGUUGGUUGUGCGUUGUUUCUGCAGUGCCCUGUGGAUCUCAUUCUGCCUGAUCCGAGCCUCCACCUGUGGCAGCUGCUGUUUAAGGCCCACUCCUCACCCAGUCUGGGACCGGGGGAGGAGGGGGGAGGACAGGGGGGGGGGGGGGGGGGGGGGGGGGGGGGAGGGGGGAGGACGGGGGGGGACGGGGGAGGACGGGGGGAGGAGGGGGAGGGGGACAGAGAGGGGCCCCCAGGGGACAGGGGCCAAAGGGGGGGGGCCCCGGGCGACUGUCAAGGGCACCUGAAGGCACUCAUCAGAAAGUACUUUCAAUACAACCUCCUUCAACCUCACAGUGACCCGGGCCCUUACGCCGACAUCCAUCCUCACAGUGACCCGGGCCCUUACGCCGCCAUCCAUCCUCACAGUGACCCGGGCCCUUACGCCGCCAUCCAUCCUCACAGUGCCCGGGCCCUCAGACCGACAUCCAUCCUCACAGUGACCCGGGCCCUUACGCCGACAUCCAUCCUCACAGUGACCCGGGCCCUCAGACCGACAUCCAUCCUCACAGUGACCCGGGCCCUUACGCCGACAUCCAUCCUCACAACCGACAUCCAUCCUCACAGUGACCCGGGCCCUCAGACCGACAUCCAUCCUCACAGUGACCCGGGCCCUCAGACCGACAUCCAUCCUCACAGUGACCCGGGCCCUCAGACCGACAUCCAUCCUCACAGUGACCCGGGCCCUUACGCCGACAUCCAUCCUCACAGUGACCCGGGCCCUCAGACCGACAUCCAUCCUCACAGUGACCCGGGCCCUUACGCCGACAUCCAUCCUCACAGUGACCCGGGCCCUCAGACCGACAUCCAUCCUCACAGUGACCCGGGCCCUCAGACCGACAUCCAUCCUCACAGUGACCCGGGCCCUCAGACCGACAUCCAUCCUCACAGUGACCCGGGCCCUUACGCCGACAUCCAUCCUCACAGUGACCCGGGCCCUCAGACCGACAUCCAUCCUCACAGUGACCCGGGCCCUUACGCCGACAUCCAUCCUCACAGUGACCCGGGCCCUUACGCCGACAUCCAUCCUCACAGUGACCCGGGCCCUCAGACCGACAUCCAUCCUCACAGUGACCCGGGCCCUCAGACCGACAUCCAUCCUCACAGUGACCCGGGCCCUCAGACCGACAUCCAUCCUCACAGUGACCCGGGCCCUCAGACCGACAUCCAUCCUCACAGUGACCCGGGCCCUUACGCCGACAUCCAUCCUCACAGUGACCCGGGCCCUCAGACCGACAUCCAUCCUCACAGUGACCCGGGCCCUUACGCCGACAUCCAUCCUCACAGUGACCCGGGCCCUCAGACCGACAUCCAUCCUCACAGUGACCCGGGCCCUCAGACCGACAUCCAUCCUCACAGUGACCCGGGCCCUUACGCCGACAUCCAUCCUCACAGUGACCCGGGCCCUCAGACCGACAUCCAUCCUCACAGUGACCCGGGCCCUUACGCCGACAUCCAUCCUCACAGUGACCCGGGCCCUUACGCCGACAUCCAUCCUCACAGUGACCCGGGCCCUUACGCCGACAUGCAUCCUCACAGUGACCCGGGCCCUCAGACCGACAUCCAUCCUCACAGUGACCCGGGCCCUCAGACCGACAUCCAUCCUCACAGUGACCCGGGCCCUUACGCCGACAUCCAUCCUCACAGUGACCCGGGCCCUCAGACCGACAUCCAUCCUCACAGUGACCCGGGCCCUCAGACCGACAUCCAUCCUCACAGUGACCCGGGCCCUUACGCCGACAUCCAUCCUCACAGUGACCCGGGCCCUCAGACCGACAUCCAUCCUCACAGUGACCCGGGCCCUUACGCCGCCAUCCAUCCUCACAGCAGCCACUCACUGCGACUGCAAAUGUGA